AUGAAUACUUAAGAAAAAUUAGAUUAAAAAUCUGAUCAGGUAGAAUCUCUUAGUAGGAAAUACGGUGAAAGAAGUAUCUCUCCUCAUUAAGACUCUUAGAGAAAGAAUUGUAUUCAUUCUAUUAUAUCAUAGUGCGUCGAAUCAAGAAUAAUGGUCAAUCACAGAAAUCAUUCAACAUCAUGAAACCUCAAUAGCAAAAUUUUUUAAAAUCAUCUUAAGAAACAUCUGGAGGAGGAUUCUAUAAGAGAUCUUAAAUUAUGGGAACAUCAUUUCCUACAAUACCUACAAGAGAAAAAUAAAAGUAAUAUUCUAAUAUAUUAAAGUAAUGAUUCAAAAUAUGUACAUGGUAAAAAAGAAGAAAAUGUUAGUUUUGCUUAAAUAGAUUCAAUAUUAGGAAUGAAAUAACUUUUGGGACCUAAUCAUCAUUGUCAUUUCGAAAUAUAAGUUAAACAUCUUGUAGCAAAAUUAGUAUAAUAUAUGAAUAUAAUAAUUUAAGGAAGCAAGUGAAUUAUUAACAAUAAAAGCAAAGGAUGAAUUGGAGAAUGUAAUUUGGAUGGUUAAAAAUUAUAAUAGUGAGGGAUUGAUUUCGAAAUUAUUACAAUUGUAAUAAUUAAAAAAUGAAUUAGAGAAGGAUUAAUAAUUAAUGAGGGAAGAGAUAGAAAUGUUAGGUGUAUAAAGAGAUGAUUGGUAAUUAAAGUAUUAGGAAAUAUAUGAAAAGUUAUUGAAAAUGCAAGGAAUAGAGAAUGAUCUUCAUGAUGCAUUACAUAAAUUAUAGAUGUCAAAUGAGUCAUUGGAAUAGAUUAAUAGAAGAUUAAGAGAGAAAUAAUUAGAAGUAUAGGAUUGGUAAAGGAAAUGUAACACUCAUGAUGAAUAAUUUAAAAUUAGAAUAAAUAAAUUGGAGGAGACAUUGAAAGAGAAGGAAACAUAAAUAUAAUAAUUAUAGAAGAAAUUAUAACGAUUGGAUAGUGAGAGUGCAUUUUUAUAAUAAGAAAUGAAGAAUAAGAGUGAGAAAUUAGAAGAAGAGUAAAGAAGAUCAAAAUAAUUACAUGCUGAGUUAUUAGAUACAAGAGUGAAUAAGGUUUAGAAUUUAUAAGAUGAAAUUGCAAAAUAAAAGAAGGUUAUUUAAUAAAGGGUGGAAGAGAUUGAAGAAUAAGAAAAGAAAAAUAAAUUAUUGAAUGUAAUAAAUAAUUCAAGUAUUUAUAUAGAAUAAAUUAAAUUUAUUGGAAACUUAAUUAAAGAAUUUUGAUGAUGUAGCUAGAUAAGAGAAAGAAGAGUUAGAAAAGGGAUGGUAGAAAAAAUAUAAGGAAUUAGAAAAAUAAAGUGUUUAAUACAAAAGAGAUUUGAAUUAGUUAGAAAUCUAAUUAUAAUAAGUUGAUUUGUUAGUUUAAUAAAAAGAACAUGAAGUAGAAUAGGCUGUUGUUAAAAUUAAAGAAUUGUCAGAUUUAAAUGAAAAAUAAUUAUAAACAAUUCAAACUAAUUCUACUGAAAUACUUAGAUUAAAUUAAGAACUUGAAGAGAAAGAUUAAGAUUUAUUAUAUGCAGAAUAACAACAUGAAGAGAUUUCUAAAGAAAGAACAGUAUUGAUGGAAAGAAUAGAUUUAUAGAAUAAUGAGAUUUCAGAUUUGAAAUAAUAAGUAUUUUAAAUGAAAAAGGAAUUAGAAGGAUUAAAAUGGGAGAAAUAAGAUUAAGAUAGAAAAAUUGAUAGAUUAAAUGAAUAGAUUGAAUAGGCAAAUCAAAGUUCAAAUUAAUAUAAAUAAUAAUUAGAUGAUGAGAUUAAAAAAACAUAUUAAUUAUAUUCUGAAAUCAAUAAGUGGAAAUAAGAUAUGGAAGAUAUAAAAGUUCAACAUUAAAAAGAAAUUUAAUAAUAAAAAACGAUAAUUGAUGGAAAGAAUGAUGAAAUAAGAAAACUUAAUGAUAAAUUAUAAGAGUUUUAGGAUUAAGAUAAAGAUUUAUCAGAUAAAUUAAAAAAGUAGAUGAAAGAAAAUGAAAAUAAUGCUAAGUAAAUUUAAUAAUUGUAAAAUGAUAAAUUAGAAUUAGAGUAACAAAAAUAAGAAUAAUAGAAAUUAAUAUCUUAGUUUGAAUAAUAAGUUAUUGAAUUCUAGUAGGAGAAGUAAUAAUUACUUUUAAGAAUAGAGGAGAUUUAAAAUGAUAAAACUGAGGUUUAAUUAUUAAAUGUAGAAAUAGAAAAAUUGAAAGCAGAUUUAGAUUCAAAAAAGAAUUAUGAUGAAUUAAAAGAGAUAGCAAGUUAAAUUAAUUCAGUAUAUGAAGAGAAAGUAUCUUUGGAGACUUAAAGAAAUGAAUUAUAAAUUUAAUUAAAUAAAACUAUUGAGGAACUUAAGGAAAGGAAGGAUAAAUUUGUAAAUUUAGAAAAUGAGAAAAAAAAGAAUGAUAAUGAGUUUGCAUAAUAUAAGGAAAGAACAGAAGAUUAAUAAGAAAGAUAUUUAUAAUAAAUUAAAGGAUUUGAAAAGAAGAAUCAUCAACUUAAUGAAGAAUUGUAAAAAGCACUUGAUAAAGUUGAGAUUUUAGAAGGAGCACUAGAGAAUUAGAGUAAAGAUAUUAAAAUAAUUCCGAAAUAAGCUUAAGUUCCACUUCAUAGAAAUAAUACUUUUUAGCAAAUAUUUGUUGAAGAUAAGGUAUUUUCAAAAGAUCAUUAAAAUGAUGAAAUUCAUUUAAAAUUUUCAGAAAUUGAUUUUAGUAGAUCUAAAGGACAUUUAACAAUAUGUUUUUGGGUGAAUAUUGAUAGAACAAAUUCAAAAGAAAUGCUACCUAUUCUUAAAAUUAGUACAGAAAAUAAAAAGUUAUUAGAGAUGGGUGUAUAUUUAGAUACAAAAUAAGUGUAUAGUACUUUUAUUCCUAAUAAUCAUCCGAAAAAUACUAAAUAAUAAAAUCCAUUAACUGUAACUUCAUAGUUACCAAUUAAAUUAGGAGAAUUUUAAUUAUUAGCUUUGAUUUUAAAUGAAUCUGGAUAAUAUAUGGAUAUGGGUUUAUGUUUAAAUGGAGUUAGAGAUGAUUAAGUAUCUAUUUCUACAUCAUUGAUUUUCCCAGAAGCUCAAUUAUCAUUUGGAAAAUAUACAACACAUCAUUUAGUUUUAAAAGAUUGUUUAGUAAUUACAGAAAAUUUAUAGAGAAUGAAUAUUUUUAAAGAAGUAUAUUAGACAUUUUAUUAAAAAUAUAAUGGAGUUAAAAAAAUGAGUAGAAGAUAUGGAUAAAAGAAAGAAAAUAUAUCAUAUUUAUCAGCAGGAGAUCUUAUAUUCUUUCUAAUAUAACAACAUGAACAAUCUCCUCCAAAAUCAGGAAGCAGAUCUAAAUCUCCUCCACCUACCUAAGCAGUUAUUAUCAAUAAUCGAACUAUUCCAGCUGGAUUAGUAAAUUAAUAUGAAUUAGCAAACACUUAAACUAAAACAGAAGAAACUAAACCAGAAGAAAUAUAAGAAUAACCAUAAUGGAGUAGAAAAUAUUCAGUUGAAAAACUUAAAAAAUUCUUAUAUACUAAUUUUAAUUAUAAGAGACUGUUAAGUCCAUUCACUGAAAAUUAUGAUUAUAUUUCUUUGGGAUUAUAAUUAUUAUAACCACCAAGAAAUGAUGAACUACCUCCUACUAAAUUUCAUAAAAUUAUCAAACCUAAAAUACAAUUAUCUCCAUAUUAUAUGAUGCCAUAUAAAUAAUUUUUAAAUUACAUAUAAUUUGUUGGUUUAUUAAGAGUUACUUUUGAAGAAUUACAUGAUUUAUGUGAAUUAAUGGAAGUCAUCUAUACAAAUGGCAAAGAAAAAUAUAUUCAUUAUGAUCACUUUCUGAUUGUUUUAAGAGAAUGUAUUAUGACUAGAGCUGAAUUAAAGAAGAAAAAGGAAUAAGAAAAAGGUGAACCUCAACCACCUUAAAUGAUUGAAUCUUAUAAAUAUUCUUAUAAGGAAAUAAUUAUAAAAUCUACAGGAAUAGAAGAAUAAGAAAUAGAAUUAUCUAAUGCUAUUGAAAUUACUGAAGUUUCAAUUAAUAAAAAUGAAUAACUAACUUAAUUAGAUGUUAAAUUAAAAAAUGAAUCCUUACAAACUUAUCCUCUUGUACAUUUACCUGGAGCAUAAGUUGGAACUUUAAAUAUAAGCCAAUAAAAAAAAAUUAUUUUUAUCUUUUCAAAUGAUUCUUAAAUUAAUGAAAUAAAAACAGAAACUAAUUCUUUAUUAUUAGGAGAAUUAAGUGAAAUAACAUUAUGUCAUGAAUUAGAAUUAUAAGAAAAUUAAAAAAUAGUCAAAUUUAAUAUAUAAGAUAAACAAAUUAGAGUUGUGAUCUAAAAUUCAAAAAAAAUAAUAGAAGAAAUUUAAGUAUGUAUCUUAUUUAUUAUUAAAGCCUCUUGAAAUGGAUCCAGAAACAGAAUUAGAAUCUUUGAAUUUGCCUCAGGUUCCAGAUAAUUGGAAUUUAGGCAAAUUCUAUGUUAAUAUUACUAGAUGCUAAAAUUGUGAUAAACAUUAAUCAACUACAAGACAUGAAGAAAAAGAUUUCAUUGAAAAAACAGAAUAUAUAACUAAUUUAUUUAAAGAAUUAUUUCCAAAUGUUGAAAUAAUUGAAAAUGAAGAUAAAAUUGAUAAAUUGGAAAACUUUGAAGUUUACAUUAAAAAUGCACUUGGUCCUGAAAAAAUUAUGCUUCUUUAAAAAUAAGAAAGCAUGCCUAAAUUUAAAGAUAAUUUUAAUGAUAAAUUACCCAAUUUAUUUGAAAAACUUAUGAGAAUCAUUAAUUUUCAUGGUACUACAGAAAAGUUAGGACAAGAAUAAGAAAAGUUUAAAUGA